AUGUCCUCCAGUAAACCCAAGCCAGAACGCCCUCCACCAUCCAAACCCACCCUCAGGUCCCCCAACGAGGACAUCCUCCCCUCCGCCCUCAUCGACACGAACCCCUUCUACAUCGACAUGAGCCAAGGUACGCACCGCAAGGCCCUCCGCUCCUUCACCACAACCCUCACCCCACUCCUCCGCCCUCGUGCCUCAGCAGAGAUCCUCGCAGACCUGCAACCCGACCAAAAUAACAACCCUCCCGCAGAACACAUCCCCUCCCGCCCCUCCACACCAACACCAUCCCGCCGCCCUCGAACCCCCAAGUCGCCAGCAAGGACAUCACCACGUAGUAGCACCACCACCAGCCCUUCUCAAGAUGUAUUCGAACCCCCAAAGAGCAACAGCACACCCGCCAUGCGCAUCUUCAAGGACACCAGCCCCGCCGCCUCCUCAGGCACCUCGAAGCGCAGCGUAGAUGUAUACGGCGACAUCCGCAUGAAGAACACAACCCCUGCAUCCCACCGCCUCUUCCUCCGCGCCCUCGUAACGCAGAUAGUCCACGAGACGUUUUCCCUUGAACGCGCGCGAUUAGCAGACGAGAUUCGCCGCCAGGUUCUCGCGUCGUUGGAACGGCUUAUCGGACAGCUUGUACGAGAAGAGUUUGACGUCGCGCUGGCGGAGGCGUUGGAGGAGCCGUUUGAGACGGGGGAGGGGGGCAGGGCGAGGGAGGCUGCUGUUGUUCGGGUUGUGAGGGAGAGGUUGGCGGGGUUGAGUUGUGAUGGGCUUGUGGAGGUGUUUUGUAAUGAGGAGGUUUUGGGGGUGUUGAGGAGGGUUGUUGGGGUUGUUGAGGGGGGGGUUUGUGGGAUGGGUUGGGAUUUGGUUGCGUUGUAG